AUGUCCGACGACCACGAUACUCACUCCAUUGGCUCUGCUAGCCAUAUCCACCCCAUCGAGCGCUCCGACUCCUCGGCUUCCACAACUCCCUCGGAUCAGAACGAGCCCAUUAUUCACCAGCCCAUUCCCACCCGCCCCCGCCUGCCGAGUCGAAAAAGCAGCGGCCCCUUGGUUGUCCCUCGCGACAGCUCGGCCGUCGGCCCCGUAGACUCGCACUUUGGACCGGACGACGUUCGAGCCAUGAGCCCCCGAAGGACAAACGAAGACCUAGAAAACCUGGGCAAGGAGGCGCGCGAGGAGUUGAGAAAGCAUGCCAAGGCUUUGCAAGAGUCUCUCCUCACCAUCUUCAACCGCAUCGAGGCUGUGCGGGAGGAGCACGACAAGCUCGACAACAACAACAAGUUUCUUCAGAAAUACAUUGGUGACUUGAUGAGCACCAGCAAGAUCACGGCGACGGGGAGCCGAGGCAAGAAGUAA